AUGUCGCAUACGGAAACUGCAGCAGAGGACGUCUGUGCCUUUGUCGGCGCGAAGCGCUUCCACAAUAGCCUCUGCUUCCACAGCGAGACCGUGCAGAAAUCAAUCCGCGUCACGUUCGCGACUGCGGGCUGUCAAGAGCCCGGAACCCCGACUAUCCUUUUCGCAGGCGGACUUUACGGCGGACGCUGGAAUGCGCUUUGGAUCGAUCAUCUUUGCCAGCAGAAGCGCGUUCGUGUCGUUAUUCCCGAUCGGCCGGGGCUAGGGGGUUCGACUCCAGUCGCACUAAGGCAGCGCAUCCCCGUUUGGUUGGAGAUGGUUCCAGUCCUGCUCCAGCACCUCGAGGUGGAGACCGUGACACUAGUUGCGCACAGCAGCGGGGCCAUCUAUCUGUUUAACACGCUAUACCAUCUCCCGCAUACCCUGGCAGCGCCGGCCCCGACGGUUCAUCUCAUCUCGCCCUGGGUCCACCCGUCCAAAUCGGGUGCCAAAAUGCUCACCAUUGUCAGCGCGAUGCCCGCGGGCCUGGUCAGCGGCUGGAACAAGAUGACCUCCUUUCUCGUGAACCGGCUCAUGCCCUCGUCGGCGCCUACAUUGAAGGAGAAGGCCAAGUCGAAGAAGAACGCAAAGGGGGAGAACGCGGCAGGCAAUGACUUAGACACCGACGAGGCGACGCUACUUGAGACAUGCGGGCUGACACCGGCCACCAAACAGCCCACGCGGGACUACUUUGUCAAGAUGUUCUUUGAGGAAGAUACUAGCGGAGUCGCUGAAGAGGCCAAGCUAGGGCUGAGGACGAGUGGAUCCCAGGUGUCGUGGGGGGUCUGUGAUGACUACGAGGAAUUCGUAGGAGAGCUGGCGCGGAAAGUCGCCGAAGAUGCGCGAUUUAGCUCGCUCCGCGUGGCCGGCUACUUUGGCGAGAAGGAUGGGUACGUGGGGAAAGGGGGUGUGCAGUACUUCCGCAAAAUGUGGGAAAGCAGCGACUCCGUUAUCUACGCAGAGAUCCACGAGGUCCCCAACAUGAAUCACGACGAUCUGGCACUGCCCGAGCAUGGUAUCUUAGGCCAGAUCUUCGACGUGGCCAGUGGUGGGACCGGGGGCCCCGCUUGA